AAAACGUUUUUCAACAUCAGUCUGAAAUCGGUAGUCGUAAGGAAAAUGUAUUUAGCCAAACAGCAGCUUUGGCUUCAUUUGCCGGCCUUAGUUUUACUAAUUUACUUUAAUUCCUAUGUCAAAUUUGCGACCGCGGCGCGAUCCAUCUAUCCCGACUUUCAUACGGACGUGGCGCGCGAAGUUUUACGCCUUUCUAAAUCUGCAGAAAUGCGCAAUUAUAUGCAGCCCCAAGUGGAUGCAUGUGUUGAUUUUUACCGUUACUCGUGUGGCAACUGGCCCAAAAUCAAUCCGGCACGUUUUUCGGAUGGCAAGACCGGCCUCUUUAAUGUGCUGAAGAAGGCCUACAAUCGGCGUGUGGUGCGUUUGAUGCGCGAACCCAAACGCACCAACGAAUCGGAAAUGGAUCGACGAGUGAAGUACUUUUUUGAGUCGUGCAUGAAUAAGGCAGAAUUACGCAAAAAUUAUCGCCAGAAAUUGCUUGCCGUGUUGGAGGAAUUUGGUGGCAUGCCAGCGUUGAAGGGCGCCCAUUGGAAGGCAGACAAAUUCGAUUGGCUAGAAGUGGUUGCACUUAUUCUACGCAAAUAUGGCAAGCAGAUAAUUAUUGGUGCAGAUAUACUCGCCGACCUGAGCAAUAAUGAAGCGAAUCGCUUGUAUUUGGGUCAAUUGGAUAAGUUGGUGACGUCACGUGCCACCGAUUACUAUGUGGCCUUGGCAUUAGCCCGACAAAUGGAAAUGCAGGAGGUGCUGGGCAUGAGUAUAGAAUUGGCAUCGAAGACAGCAACAGAAAUUGUUGAGUUUGAAAAGCGAAUUGCGGCGGGCAAGUUGGAUGCCAACAGGGGCUUGGGCAUGGAGGAUAAAACACAAUUGACGCUCUUGGAAGUAAUGACGGAGAAUUAUAAGCCCACGCUUAACUUCACACACUUUGUCAACGUUUGGUUGGGCCAUCCUUAUGUGUUGCCAGUUUAUGUGUAUGUCGAACAAUAUUUGGAUAAUUUGCGCAAAGUUAUCGAGGAUACGCCCAAAGAGGUAGUGGCCAAUUAUAUUAUGUGGGAGCUAUUGCAGGAUUUUCGUAUGGAAGCGAAUAACUCAAAUGAGAAACAUCAAAAUCGUUGUGUGGAGCGCACAAAACGCUUCUUCGUUAAAUACUUAGAUUACAUGACAUAUCAACAGUUAGCGGCGCAUAACCAGCACAUGAAUACUGAAAUGCAAAGUCUAUGGCUGGAACUGAAAGAAGCUUUUAGUGAAUUACUGCAAUCGGAGAGCAGCGACUGGAUGUCCGAAGCAACACGUGACAAAGCGCUAGAAAAGUUAUCUGCCAUGUCGAUGGAGAUCAAUUCAUAUGAACGCGAAAAUUUCGAAGAACUUUACGGGGACUUGGUCAUUGGUACGAAUGAAUACUUUGAUAACGUCAUCAAUAUAUUAGAGGUACGCGGGCGCAACUACCGUCUACGUUUGCUCGAACCACCUAAGCUGGACGAGGGAGAAACUCUUAGUUUCACACCUGCCUAUGCGGCUGAAUAUAACAAAGUACUCAUACCAGUCGCUUUUAUGCAGCCGCUCUUUCUUUGGGACAACGCCUAUCCCGUUACUCUAAAGUACUCCACCAUUGGCUUCAUAUUGGCGCACGAAAUGGCGCACGGCUUUGAUGCUAUCAUACGUAAAUACGAUGCCAGAGGUAAUCUGAAUAACUGGUGGGAUCGCAACUCCACCGAAGAGUUUGUCCAGCGCAAGGAGUGCUUUAAGCAACAGUAUAGUGAAUACCGUUACAACGGGCGCAAAUUGCCGAAAACGAAUGCACAAGAUGAGAAUAUUGCCGACAAUGUUGGUGUACGCAUUGCCUAUGGCGCGUUCCAGAAAUGGUUGCUACAGCAGAGUAAUAACGCCACACAGCUACGGACAGAGUCGCUACCUAAUAUGGAUUUCACGCCACGCCAAUUGUUCUUUGUGAGUCUGGCGCAAGUAUGGUGUACCGAUGUGAAUCCCAAUUGGCGUCAAAUUAUUAUCGAAACUGAUGUGCAUGCGCCCGAGGAGGUGCGCGUGGUUGCAAUGUUGUCGAAUUUCGAGCAAUUCGCUUUGGAGUUCGAAUGCCGCUGGGGCGCACGAAUGCACCCGAUACGGAAAUGUGUAAUCUCUGAGUGUCGGAAGAAAAUGUUUCAAAACAGUUGUACACAAAUAAAGUGCCUCUUUACAUUUACAUUCUUACUUAUAUUACAACAGUUUAGUUGCGAUGGCGCACCCUUGGAGAACACCACUGCAGUGCCGAAAGAUGAUUUGAACACAGAGUGGGCAAAGCAAAUUGCACGACAAGCCAAAGCUGCAGAAAUUCAUGUAAUGCUCAAACCUGAAGUGAAUCCAUGUGUGGACUUCUAUCAAUACGCUUGCGGCAAUUGGCACCGCAAUCACCCCGCACAACUGCUCAAUCACAUAAUGACCGAUCGGUUUCAAUUGAUCGCAACCGCUUUCGAUCGUCGUCUCGAGCGAAUACUCAAAGAGCCGCGCGAUGAUAAUGCGCUCGAAGUGAAAGUGAAGAACUUCUACCACGCCUGUGAGCUGGUGAAGAAAGAUGAUGUGCGCUAUAGGGUGGCACUACAACAUGCCUAUCAGGAAUUCGGGAAAAUGCCAAUGUUGGACGGAGAGGACUGGAAGGAGCAGGAGUUCAAUUGGUGGGAGUUGGUGGCGAAGAUACAACACAAAUAUGGCAAACAAGUCAUACUCGCUGUGGACAUCAUGGCAGACAUAGCAAACAAUACAGGGAACAAGGUAUACAUUGGACCACCGGAUUUCUCGAUUAGCAGUAAUACGAAAAUUUUUAGUCUACUCCACGAGCUAACCACUGUAGAGCACAUGAAGCGCUUCUUUGGCGUGGACGACGCGAAAGCAAAGACAAUCGCCAAGGAACUAAUUAAUUUUGAGCACGCAUUGGUACAUGGCGGCUCCGAUUCGCGGCUGGGACUUACACUACACGACUUGCUUGCGCUUAAGCCCGUCGACAAGUUGCGUGAAAUUUACAAUGAUAGCUUGGAUUUGCAGAAGUUUUUAGAGUUGGCAUUGGGUGUUGAUCAGGUGCCGGAAACAGUUUACAUUUACGAUGAAAAAUAUUUGCUCAGCAUAGUGCAAAUCGUGGCAGAGACCCCCCCGCAUGUGAUUGCUAACUACAUCAUUUGGCAAAUGUUGCAGGAGUAUCUGGUCGAUGUGCAGAAAGGCGACGUGGCUAAUUGGUGCAUUGAACGUACAAAGACAUAUUUUGGCAAAUAUGUGGAUUAUAUGGUUUACCAGCGUUACAAAGAUCCAGCUGUGGAAAAGGAGGUGUUCGAUGUAUGGGAAGAAGUGCGUGAGACAUUCCGCACAGAGCUGCAGGGCAACAAACUCGAUUGGAUUGCGAACUCAACGCGUGUGUACGCGUUGGAAAAGUUGGAUGCCAUGCAAUUGUACAUCAACUCCUAUGAGUCGGAAAACUUCACCGCCGAAUAUGCAGAUGUGCAAAUUAAACGCAACAACUAUGUCGAGAAUGUGCAACAAAUUUUGCAAAUGGAGAGUCGUAAGAAAUUGCAACGUCUACACGGCCCCGUCAUGCCACUGGAAGCGCCCGAAGUGCUUUCGUUUACACCGGCCUACAAUAUACUCGAGAAUAAUAUUAAAAUCCCUGUUGCUUUGCUACAGCCGCGCCACUUUUGGGGCCCACACUACCCGCAAGCACUCAAGUAUGCCACACUCGGCUAUCUGAUUGCGCACGAAAUGGUGCAUGGCUUCGACGACGAUGGCCGCAACUACGACAAGGCGGGCAACUUGCAUAGCUGGUGGGAUGAAAAGUCGACAUACCAAUUUGAGGAGCGUCGCAAAUGCUUCCAGGCGCAAUAUCAUAAUUACCGUUAUAGCGGUCACCAGCUGCCGAACGAUGUAUCACAAGCGGAGAAUAUCGCCGACAAUGCGGGUGUGAAAUUGGCUUAUGAAGCUUAUCAACGUUGGCUGCAUGCACAGCGUGCCGCCAAUGCGACGAAUAUUGAAGGGCGUGAAACAUUUGCACAGUUGAAUUUCGACAAUCAACAAUUGUUCUUCGUGGGCUUCGCGCAGUUGUGGUGUGACGAUGUGCAAUCCUUUUUCCGCUCAGCUGUGGCCGCAUCCGAUUCGCAUGCACCGAGCAUGUAUCGCGUAAUUGGACCAUUGUCGAAUUUCCAAGAAUUUUCGUGGGUAUUCAAGUGUAGCCAGGAUGCGCCGAUGGAUCCGGAAUUCAAGUGUGCCAUCUACUAGGAAAUAAAUGGGGAAGAGAAGGCGUUGAAAGAAAAAGCGUUGCACGUAUAGCUGAACUAUUUGUAAAUACUUUACGCUAAGUAUAUAUGAAAUGUACAUUAGGGUGGGUCAAUUGUGUUUCGAUAUUGUUCCUAGCAGAUUGGGAUUUUGCAUGCAAUUGUAAGAAAGAACACUAGAGCAUAGCUCUAAAACCCAUUUCGACCUCGCUCAAAUUUUGAAAGAAGUUUUUUAAUAAAUCUUUUUUUACAUUUUUUUUUUAA